UAACCUCACUCCACUUAUUAGAGAUUCAUUCCUUUUCCCUUUUUUUCCUAUAAUUUUCUUUACUAAUAAGUAAAGUAGCCUUGUUGAUUAUGCAAAGCAGCUGUGCUUUCUUUGACUUUUUCUUCUUCUUUUCCAACUUUAUCCGAGGAAAGAUGAGAAAGCACCACUACAGAACAAAUUCUCUCUGAUCGUCUCCUCUUGUCUUUAACUACCCUGAAAACCAACUGAGCUCCUUUUAACAUUCAUGGGGAAAAUCAGGGUUGAAGUCUGCCUCAUCUCUGCUCGUGGCCUCCGGCGUUCCUCAUCGCUAUGGAAGCUCCAGUGGUUUGCUGUUGGGUGGAUUGAACCCAAAAACAAAUACUGCACCAAAAUCGACGCCUCUGGAAAUGCAAACCCUACCUGGAAAACCAAAUUCUCUGUCCUCAUCGAUGACUCAGAACCAACAAACUUGGAAGGUCUAACUCUGCAAGUUGAAGUCUACAGCAGAGAACCCAUCUUCCUUAGAGAGAAGCUCCAGGGUACAGCCACCAUUCUCUUGAAAGAGUUCUUGGCCAAGUACAGCAGAGGUUCAGGUGUUUCGAAACAAGGAGGAAUUGAGGAAGUGGGUAGCUUCCAAUUACGGCAACAGAAGAGUUCCGGUAAGCCUCAAGGAUUUGUUGAUGUCUGCAUUCGGAUUUCUGAGGAUAGAGGAGGAGUGGUUCCUUACACAGGUGAAGGUGAAAGAGAUGGCUAUGGUAAAGGAGAAGGAAUCCUGCUUGAAGAUCACAGUAAUACCAUUCCGGUGUCCAUGGAAUACGGACCAACAAGGCCUUACCCACCUCAACCUUAUCCACAGAUGAACGUCCCAUAUGCCCAUCCCAUGCCGUUCCCUGGAAACUACCAAAACCAGUCACCGAUGGGAGAACCAAGCUACCCAUCAGCAGGUGGUCCAAGUUAUCGUCCUCCAACAACACCGCCACCACCGCCACCACCUUCCCACGUCGGUUACUUGCCAACUUUCCUCCCCAGAACAGAUCCUUUGCCGGAGACUUACGUGAAUAUGCCGUCGUCUGUGUCUGGCACCAGCCGAGCUGGACGACCCAACAACUUUGCAAUGGGAGCCGGAGCUGGAGCAUUGGCUGCUGGUGCUGUCAUCUUCGGUGACGAUUUCAUGUCUGGAUUUGAUUUCCCAUCAGGGUUACAAGAUGCUAGCCUCACUGUAUCAACCGAUCCUCCUUUCUAGUUGUCCUACUAAUUAAUGUGAAGUUCAAAUUUGAUGCAAAAUUAGCAUUA